UAUGAUCAUACACAUGUUUGUGAGAACCAUAAGCUAGAGAGGCUGACAGAACACAUGCAGAUAUGAAGAUUCACAUUGUAAGACUGCUAUACAUCUUUUUUUUGUCAUCUUUCUUUAUUGCACUGCUUUGGCACUACUAUAGUCAGAGGGAUGCAGCUCCCAGCACUCCACACAGCGUUACAAAUAAAAAUCCUGCAAUAAACAAGAAAUAUGACAGUUCUGACAAACUGUUAGGAAAUGACAUUUUCAAAUGGAAAAAACAGGAGAACAACAUUCAAUUGUUCAGGUCACUUCUCAGCAGCAGUUGCAAUGCGAUUUCCAAUGCAGUGGUUACACAAGAGAACUCGCCUGUGGGAACAAAUAUUUCUUAUGAUGCAGCUAAAAAAAAAGCAAGAGUGACACCAGAGCUCUUUGACAUAUUCCCCAAGGAGAGCCCCUUUAAAAAAGCACCAUGGGAUACAUGUGCUGUAGUUGGCAAUGGAGGCAUCUUAGCCAAAAGUGGUUGUGGAAAACAAAUCGACUCUGCCUCAUUUGUCAUCAGGUGUAAUCUUCCUCCAGUGAGCAAUGGACAUGAGAAAGAUACAGGAAACAAAACUAACCUUGUUACAGCCAACCCUAGUAUCCUCUUUCAAAAGUACCAAGCAUUAAAUUCUCAUCAGCGGCCAUUUGUGACGGAUAUGCAGGUGUAUGGGGACUCUCUACUCCUUCUGCCGGCCUUCUCAUUUCAACAGAAUACAGCUGUUUCUCUGCGUGCCCUCUACUCACUGUCAGACUUCAGCAACAAUGGUCCACGGGCCAUUUUUUUAAACCCGAGUUACCUGAGAAAUCUGACAGGCUUUUGGCGUGGACAGGGAAUUCGAUCAGUGCGCCUCAGCACUGGUAUUAUGAUGGUCAGCUUGGCACUGGAACUGUGCAACAAUGUCAACCUAUAUGGCUUCUGGCCCUUUGGAACACACCCACACACCCACCAGCAACUCAACAAUCACUAUUAUGAUAACAAACCAGCAAACAAGAGAAUGCACUCCAUGCCAGCUGAGUUUAAAGUCUUGCAGAAUCUCCAUAACAUGGGUGUGAUCCACGUGCACCUAGGGGAAUGCACAAAUGAGCAAGAAUAGAACAUUUAUAUGUCAACAAAGGUACUACUUCGUAUAAAGACACAUCAAGAUGAAAAGAUUUAGGGAUAUAUAGUUUUUUCUCAUUGUUUCCUCAAAGUAUUGUUUUCUGGUAGAAAACUUUUUUACAUUCACACUUUAAAGGCUUGACUUUAAAGAACUCAGAGUUUACAGGUAGAAAAAAGCCUAGACCUAGUCAUGGUUUAUUGUAAUGUGUUUCUUUUUUCCUCUUGGUAACAAGUUUACCAACUAUCUUAGAAAAGAGGUCUUAAUUUUUCAUGUUUUAGGAGAAACACACUCCAAAGAGUGUUUCUAUAAAAGAAGUGAAUGUAAAGAUGCUUCAGGAAUUAUCCGGAAGUUUCUUUAGACAGUAAAACAAACGAACAAUUAGAUAUAAUAAAGACCAAAGUUGACUGCAAAGAGAA